AUGUGCUGGCAUCUACGAAACGCGUCCACUAACUCUCUCGAUACAGUGGAGAAGAGUCCCACGCCUAUCGUUCUCCAACAACAUCCAACCCAUCCGAGUCCAACACCAGCAACUCAAGUACGAUCCCAGUCGCCAUCGUCCUCUUGCCUCAAUGCCGAUGCGACAAAUUCGGCGAGGGACGACGACAUCAUCGAGGAGGGUAGGCACGAUCCUUACGAUGAUUUUUUCAGGUCGUCCCCUACUCCCGAUCAGCCCUCCCGCAUAUCAUCGCUUCAUCAGUUCUGGCACGCAAUCUCACAACAUCACCUCCCGGCAGUUAAGCGUGGAUUUUUCAGGCGUCGCGCUCACUCCGAAUCAAAUGUUUCCCCCGAUCCUGUACUCAACCAAUCGCCAGAAGUAGAAGUCCGAGUAGGUGAGGAACGCGAUGUAGCGGCGAGACAUCCCGAGGUCGUUGAGGUAUACGCUGUGCGCGGGUUCCAGGGGUAUGUCGCAAUGGCGCCCAAAAAGAAGCCAAAGCCACCGGUAGUAGCAGGUGGUUUUCUCAAGUCUACCUGCAAUGUCCUGCGAGAUCUACUAUACGGCGGUACCUCCUUUGACGGGAUCCAGUCAGAUACAUCCUUUCCCCGAGGCUGCCAGCUUGCGAUUCUGACAUAUGACACUUCCUUGCACUUUUACGAUCUGACUCCAGCCUCAUCGCCAGCGAGCAUGAUCGUGGUUUCCGAUUUAGAGGAAGACCGCCAAGCAUGUACAACAGUGGCCAUCAGCGUGAGCGAUACUUGGGACGGCGCACUACUUGACUUCCUCGUAGACUGCGAGAUUGCUCAAGAAACAGAUGCGGGCCAUGUACGAUUCUCCAGAUACAUGAGACACGAGAGGGUCUCUCACAUGAACGGUGCUGUAGAUCGUUUUCAGUUGGUUCUGGACCGCUGUCCGGUCGACCAUCCUGAUCACGCAGCGGCUCUAACCAACUUUGCGUGGGCCCGCCUUCAAGGCUAUAUUCAUAACGAUCUCCAAAACAUUGAUACCACCACUUCCCUCUUCCACGAAGCCCUUGCAUUGCGGCCGCAGGGCCAUCCCGACCACAUAUUAUAUCUCUAUAAUCUCAUUUCCGCAUUGAUCUGGCGCUACAGCAAGGAACGCACCGCCGUCUUCAUUCACGAAUCCCUGCAGCUGUGCUGCAAGCUACUGCCCCUCUGUCCAGAGGGCACCUACCUUCGUAGCAUCGGCGUAGACAUUGAAGAACUCGAAUCGGGACAUCCACAUCUAGCCCGCAAAUUUUCGGAGCUGAGCAAGCGCGUUUCCAACGCCGCUCAGGGUUCUGCAGCCAUCACCGACAGAGCUGCUGCUGAUCGAGCAGCAACAGAGUACAGGAAACUUAUAAGGCAAUGGGAUGCUGUGGUAGCUGAAAUAUGUGAUCUUCGAGGUUUCUCGCGGUUCCUACUUCCACCUUUGUACGAAGAUUUGCAAGUGGCAGCUCGCAAUGGCCCGGUCAUCAUCCUCAUUGCCAGCAAAUACUCAUGCAGUGCCAUCGUUGUCCCGACGUCAGGAGAGCCCCAUCAUGUUCGCUUCCCGCGCAUCACUCUACCAUUGAAGGUCUACUCGAUGCAUUACCGGAACGUUAUCUAGAUACCGUCAUUGAUAAUGCAGCACUUGGGGGAGCACUACUUGCUGGUCUAGCUUCGCUUGUACGUC